UGUUUGUACUUACAGAUCUCGUUGCUUCCUGAUUAGCUCGAUUAGCUGCUAGGAUUGAAUAGUUUAAAGAACCAUCGGCCGCCUCUUGAGGAUGAUGGGUUUAGGUUAGGGUUAGGGUUAGCAAAUAACAGGAGCCCUAGUAAUGGGCUCCUGCAAAUAAACAACUUCCAGUGCUCUUCGUCACAAACCAAAAAUAUUUUGCCUCCUCUUCUCAACCGCACAAAUGAUAAAUGAUGGUGUGGGGGCAAUUAACGUCAACAUAUGCACAGAUAUCAACUGUUCAUGGAACGAGUGUAGACGCAUUGAUUUCUCAAAUCAAUCAAUUAUCGACUGACUAGGCUCUUUCAAACUUGCGCGAGGUUGCCCAAUUCGAAAUUUCAUAAAUAUUGGUCAGCGGCUGCCAAUCGAAAACACGAGGGACCAAGAUGGCGGAUCAGGUAGGAAAGGAGAACAGUGGUAAAGUAAAGCAUAUUGUGGCAGAUUCGGCCGCGUUUUUGAAAAAUGCACCGCUUCAUUAACUGUGUGAAAAUGUUUAUGCAGUUGAAGAUGUUGUUACUGAGAUAAGGGACGCUGCAACUAGACAGCGUUUGGCUGUGUUGCCUUACAAAAUCAACUUUAAAGAACCGUCAACCGAAGCAAUACAUGCGGUGACUGAAUUUGCAAAGCAGACAGGAGAUUUCCGAAGUCUUUCAGCCGGUGACCUCAGGGUGCUGGCUCUUACUUAUCAAUUAGAAAAGGAACACUGUGGCAUUGAUCACAUCAAGACCAAACCCACCAAACAGGUAGAGAUAACUCAAGGAUUUGCAGGAAAGACAGUCCCAGGCUUCUUUGUGGAAAAGAAGCCAAAAGGGGAAGGUGAAGAAACUGAGCUGAAAGGCCAAAGUACAGUGUGCAACACAAUACAGAGUUGCCAAGCUGGCGACAGUGACACAGCUACUGAAACAGAUCAGCAACAGAACAAUACAUCAAAUACAAGUCAUGGAUUUGAGAAAAGCUCCAUUGAUAUUUCAAGAACUGAAAUAAGCACAGAUGCUGCAACUGAUAAAAACAACGUUGACUCUACUGCACAAGAAAUUACAACUGGUAUAGAGAUGCUGACAACAAAUAAUCCUACAUUAAAUGACUCUAGAGAUGAUGAUGAGGGAUUUGAGGAAAACUAUAACAAUGUUUAUGGAGAGGAUGAAUUGGGCAGUGAAAACGAGGAGGAUUAUGACCAUGAAAAUGGUGACGAGGACAAUGAUGAUGAUGAUGAUGACAACGGUUGGAUUACACCUGAUAACAUUAAGCAUAUUAAGAAUCAGAUGGCAAAAGGAACUCUGGAUGCUUUGCCAGCAAAUGUGACUGUAGGCUGCCUUACAACUGAUUUUGCCAUGCAGAAUGUGUUAAUUCAGAUGGGUCUUCAUGUGAUAUCACUGGAUGGUAUGCUGAUCAGGGAAGCACGCAGUUAUGUGCUGAAAUGCUAGGCUUGUUUUAGAGUAACAAGUCAGCUGGAGAAAAAGUUCUGCCCAUCGUGUGGAAAUAACACUUUGGUGAAGGUGUCUGUGAGUGUUGAUGAGGAUGGUGUGACUCAUUACCAUCUACCAAACAGAAAGAAACCGUUUAACAUUAGAGGAAAAAAGUUCCCCCUCCCUCGGCCCCAAGGCGGUCGCCAUAGUAACAACCCAAUCCUUACUGAGGACCAGCCCCGUGCUCAGCAUCGUCUUCCGCGGAAAAAAGAUAACAUGAAUGUAUUUGAUCCGAAUUACAUCGCGCGUAGCUCGCCAUUCGCUGCUAAAGAUGUCACAAGUCGCGCCUCGCAACUUGGUUAUCACGUGAAAGGUGCUCAAGAUUAUCACAAUCGACGGAAUCCAAAUGAGGUCAGGAAAAAAUCUGGGCGGAGAAAGAAGUAAAGAGGUUGUAAUCAAUUUUUUAUCCUUUAUGUUUAAAAUACGAGCGAGUGUUCAGUUGUGCGUUUCUAACCGCACAUUUUUUCCUAAGUAAUGUGUACAAGCUGAGCUGAAAAUCCUGAAUAAAAAUACAUCCUCGUAAUCAGAGA